AGACUGAGAGAGAGGGAAGCUUCGCGGCGGCGGCGGCGGCGGGAUGGCGGUGGAGUACCACUGCUGCGGGGCGGGCUUCUUCGAGCACAUCGCCAUCAUCGUCGUGCUCGUCGUCUUCGCGGGACUCAUGUCCGGCCUCACCCUCGGCCUCAUGUCCCUCAGCCUCGUCGACCUCGAGGUCCUAUCCAAGUCAGGCACCGAAAAGGACCGCAAGCACGCUGCUAAGAUAAUGCCUGUCGUAAAAAACCAGCACCUUUUGCUAUGUACACUUCUGAUCUGCAAUGCUGUAGCCAUGGAGGCAUUGCCAAUAUUUCUUGAUGGCUUGGUGACUGCUUGGGGUGCGGUUUUGAUCUCUGUGACAUUGAUUCUGCUGUUCGGUGAGAUCUUACCACAAUCCAUCUGCUCACGCUAUGGGCUGGCAAUUGGCGCCUCAGUUGCUCCAUUUGUCAGAGUGCUUGUUUGGAUCUGCUUUCCUGUUGCAUAUCCGAUAGCCAAGCUGCUGGAUUAUAUGCUUGGUCAUGGUAAAGCAGCCCUUUUCCGUAGAGCUGAGCUAAAAACACUUGUGAGACUGCAUGGAAAUGAGGCUGGUAAAGGUGGAGAGUUAACCCAUGAUGAAACUACUAUAAUAGCUGGAGCUCUAGAGCUCACUGAAAAGAAAGCUAAAGAUGCUAUGACUCCGCUUUGUGAAACAUUUGUGAUUGAUAUAAAUGGGAAGCUUGACAGGAAACUAAUGCAAGAGGUCAUUGAGAAGGGUCAUAGCAGGGUGCCAGUUUAUUAUGAAAGGGAGACAAACAUUAUUGGAUUGAUAUUGGUGAAGAAUUUAUUAUCCAUUAACCCUGAUGAUGAAAUUCCCAUUAAGAGUGUAACUAUCCGCAAAAUUCCUCGCGUUUCAGAAGACUUGCCCCUCUAUGACAUCCUAAACGAAUUCCAGAAGGGUCACAGCCACAUGGCAGUUGUCAUCAGACAAAACAUUCCAAGUUACCCAGAUAAAGAGCUCAACAAUGGUGGUGAAACUCUUGAGGUCGCCAUUGCCAUCGAUGAUAAACUUGGUGAAAAGGCUGCGAAAAACCUUACUCCUCUGAGGAGAUGGAAGAGCUACCCCAACACCCUGAACUCUAAUACAGGAAGCAGGAGGGGGAAAUGGUCCAAAGAUCAAUCGGAUGUUCUUCAAGUACACGAGGAGCCAUUGCCCACACUCAGUGAAUAUGAAGAAGCUGUUGGUAUCAUAACAAUGGAGGAUGUCAUUGAAGAACUGCUACAGGAGGAGAUAUACGACGAAACAGAUGUACACGUCGAGGAACAAUAACACGUUGCUGGAGUUUCCACCGCUUCCCAUUUUGGACCUGGAUAGUUAAUUGCGUGCCACGCCAGUUUUGUGCUGAGGCCUGAGGGGGAGAACAAUCUGUAAUAGUGUGAAACGUUGCAGUAGUAAAUGUGUAUAGACGAAUAUACUGAACAUUAGUUCGUUUGAACUGUUGCUGUGAAUGUUGGGUACGUUGGUAGGCAGAAGUGGGCGCUCGGUCCUGAACCUGCAUGAUUGACCGAGCAUCUUCGUCUGAACUGUUGAUGUGAAUGUUGAGUAAGUUGGUAGGAGGAGCAUUGAAUUGCAGUCGGUCCUGAAGCCCCAGGAUUGCAAUGUUUCUGAAACUGUAUCGAUUAUCCUGAGAUGUUUUUUU